AAUAUACAGAUUGUUCAUUGUGAAUAGUUUGACUCUAGUAAGAAAUUCUACGGGUCAGUAAUUGCUUGUGUAUCGCCAAAAGAAAGUUUUCAGACAGCGUGAAGGAUGGAGCAGCUACGUUUUGACGGUCGUGUUGCGGUUGUGACCGGUGCCGGUGGCGGUCUCGGCAAGGCGUACGCUCUGCUCCUGGGAGCGAGGGGCGCUAAGGUGGUCGUCAACGACCUCGGAGGCGCUCGCGAUGGCGUCGGAAAAUCAAACUUUGCUGAUGCCGUUGUUAAAGAGAUCAAGGACAAAGGUGGUAUCGCAGUAGCGGAUUACAACAAUGUAGUUGAAGGAGAGAAGAUUAUUAAAACAGCCAUCGAUAACUUUGGCAGAAUCGAUAUCCUUAUCAACAAUGCUGGCAUUCUGCGUGAUAAGAGCUUCACAAAAAUGUCCGACCAGGACUGGGACCUUAUCCACUUGGUGCACUUGAAGGGUGCCUUCAAAACCACACAUGCCGCAUGGGAGUACUUCCGCAAACAGAAGUAUGGCCGCGUCAUCAUGACCUCAAGUAACGCUGGUAUCUUUGGUAACUUCGGACAGGCUAACUACAGUGCUGCUAAACUGGGUCUGGUCGGUUUGGCCAACACCCUCGCUAUUGAAGGUGCUAAGUACAACAUCAAGGUGAACACCAUCGCGCCCACCGCCGCGUCACGUCUCACCGAAGACAUCCUCCCCCCAGAGAUGUUCGAGGCAAUGAAGCCCGAACUCGUUGCUCCCGUUGUUGUAUACAUGACUCACGAAUCCUUCCCUGAAACCGGUGCCAUCAUCGACUCCACCCUGGGAUUCGCCACCAAAACCCACUUCGUCAGAGGAUAUGGUGCCCCACUCAGGUCAAAGCCCUCUGACCCCGUGACUCUGGAGUCAGUGCAGCAGCACUGGUCGAAGGCCGUGAACAUGAAGGACGCCGUCCACGUCGACAAAAUGGCCGACGUCACAUUGGACCUCGUCGAGAAGUUGCAGGAGUUCCAAGAGCGUGCCAAGUUGGAUGGAGACCGCGAAUCCUACUGGUCCAAAUACAGCUACAACUCCAAAGAUUUGGCUCUGUAUGCCCUCGGAAUCGGUGCGUCAGUCCACAACGAGACCGACCUGAAGUUCUUGUACGAGAGCCACGAGAACUUCUCAGCCCUCCCGACUUACUUCAUCCUCGCCGGUAUGUGCCUGGAGUCGCCGCUCGUGGCCAACUCCAUGCCGCCCGGCAAGCACGCCGACUUCACCAACAUCCUCCACGGGGAACAAUACAUCGAGUUCGUGGACAGUUUCCCCGGUACCGAGGGAGAGUUCACCGUCCGUAGCUACGUCACCGAUGUCUUGGACAAGGGAUCCAGCGCCGUGUCCAUUGUCAACAGCGAGAUCUUCCAAGGCAAGCAGUUGGUAGCUCGCACACAGCAGCACAUCUUCGUGCUCGGUCAGGGUGGGUUCGGCGGCCCCCGCAACAGCAAGCAAGCUGUCGACGUCCAGCCCGCUCCCAAGAGGGCUCCCGAUGCUGUUGUUGAACAGCAGACGGCUGAGGAUCAGGCGGCACUUUACAGGCUGUCCGGAGACUUGAACCCGCUGCACAUCGACCCCAAUGUAGCCACCGUCAGCGGUCACCCGAAACCCAUUCUCCAUGGACUCGCCUCUCUCGGUUUCUCCGCCAGACACGUACUCGCCAAGUACGCCGGCAACGACCCCAGCAACUUCAAGGCGCUGAAGGCUCGUUUCGUGAAGCCCGUGCUGCCCGGACAGACCCUCGUCACCGAGAUGUGGCUCGAGGGCAAGCGCGUGCACUUCCAGACCAAGACCAAGGAGACCGGCAACAUUGUUAUCGCUGGUGCAUACGUCGACCUAAAGAACUUAGUAUCGGGUGGAGCGAGCUCUUCCCCCGCGGCGGCCGCACCCUCUGGUGCCCUCAAGAGCGACGCUCUCUUCGCCAAGAUCACCGAAGAGGUGAACAAGAACAAAGACAUGGCUAAGAGCGUCGGCGGCGUGUUCGUUUACAACAUUACUGAGAACGGAAAGACUGUUAAAUCUUGGACUUUGGACCUCAAGACUCCUGCCGUAUACGAAGGUCAACCCAAGAGUGGAAAGGCUGACACUACUAUGACCGUCUCUGACGGAGACUUAGUAGACAUUGCAGCAGGCACACUUCAGCCCCAGGUUGCUUACUUGAAGGGAAAGCUCAAGAUUGCUGGCAACAUCAUGCUUGCACAGAAACUUGGCCCACUCCUUAAGUCCCCAGCCAAGAUUUAAGUUAUAUAUCAUGUAAUGGUCAUGGAAAUGGAUAUAUUAAUUAAUUAUUUACUGUAAUGGAAGAAUGUAUAAGCAAUACCAGUAAUAAGCGUAACUUGCAAGUAUUAAAAGCAAUAUGUAAUAAAUACUUUUUUUACUUACUUCAAACAGCCAGAAAUUGCAUUUAUGUUGUAAGUUAUAUUUGAUGGCGAUCUGUGAUAUGAAGAAGACAUAUGAAAUUAUUUAUGGUUCAACCAGACAGCAAUUUCUGGCAUUCGCAUUUUUGUUGUCACAAUAGAGAGAAUGUAUUAUAUAUUUUAUGGUGAUGGAAUUAAACACCAAUUUUAUAAA